AUGAACGUACCGGCCGAAAUCAUUCACCAGCGGGACAUCACCAUCCAGCAGGGCACCACCGUCGAGAGGGACAACACCAGACAGACUUCUGCUGUCGCAGUCACCUCAAUCGCCAUUUUCGCAUCGUCUUAUUCAAUUCCUUCGACCAGCAAGUGGCAGUUUCCUUGUCCGUUUCCACCACCUGAGCCAAGGAGGACCGAACCGAAUGCCACAGAAACUAGCAGUGGCGUGGAAGAUUAUGAAUAUGCCAGGGUCGUCACUGCGCCAGUUCCGUCUGAUGUCUAUCAUGUAGAUAUCUCGGCGAUCCCAUUCCGUGGCUUUGGAUCUACUGGUAGCAAGGGAAGUACACCUGCAAGUCGUCCUGUCAACGAUGCAGACACCAGCAACGAGGAAGUUGAAGAUGCGGAUAACAGGAGGAUGAAUAAGAGGACGAACAGGAGUUGA